AUGGCAGAGAUCCAGCAGACCCCCACCUCGCUGUGCUGCUGUCGUAAACCUCUGCCGGUCGGGGCCUCCAACCGGCCCCCAGCAGGCCCGGCCCCGGGCUCGGGUCUGGGUCUGGGCCCCGGGACCCCGCGGGGCCCCCCGGCGGACGUGGCCUCGGCCUCCAACUUCCGCUGUUUCCAGCUGCGACACCUCCACCUGGACCUGCGGAUCAACUUUGCCAUGAAGGAGAUGAGCGGCUGGACGGUUCUGGACCUGGUCCCGGUCCGGCCUGGGCUCCGCACCCUGGUCCUGGACUCCCACCCCUCCCUCCUCAUCCACUCCGUGGACUGUAAGGGCCCCGGGGCCGGCCCGGAGGAGCCCGUCUCCCUGACCUACCGGCUGGAUCCGUUCACGGACUACGGCACCGCGCUGAGCAUCGGCCUGCCGGCGGCGGCGGCGCCGGGUCGACCGAUGCAGGUCACGGUCCGCUACAGCACCACGGACGGGCCGGCGGUGUGGUGGCUGGACCCCGAGCUCACCUGUGGCCAGGCCCGGCCGCUGGUCUUCACCCAGGGCCACGCCGUCUGCAACCGCUCCUUCUUACCCGGCUUCGACACGCCGGCUGUGAAGAGCCCCUACACGGCCUCCGUCAGGGUCCCUGAUGGGGUCACGGUCCUCAUGAGUGCGUCCCGGAGCUCGUACUCCCAGCAGGACCGGCUCUUCCAGUUCUCCAUGGAGCUGCCGGUCCCGGCCUACCUGGUGGCCCUGGUGGCCGGGGAGCUGCAGCACGCCGACGUGGGCCCGCGGACUCGCGUGUGGGCGGAGCCAUGUCUGCUGGCGUGCGCCGUGAAGAAGCUGGGCGGCAGCGUGGAGCGCUGGCUGGGCGUCGCCGAGCGGCUGUUCGGACCCUACCUGUGGGGCAGGUGUGACCUGGUGUUCCUGCCGCCCUCUUUCCCCAUCGUGGCCAUGGAGAACCCGUGCCUCACCUUCAUCAUCGCCUCCAUCCUGGAGAGCAGCGAGUUCCUCCUCAUCGACGUGGUGCACGAGAUCGCCCACGGCUGGUUCGGCAACGCCGUCACCCACGGCAGCUGGGAGGAGAUGUGGCUCAGCGAGGGGCUGGCCACCUACGCCCAGCGCCGCAUCACCACGGAGGCCUACGGGGAGGCGUUCACGUGUCUGGAGACGGCCGUCCGGCUGGACGCUCUGCGCAGACAGCUGCGUCUCCUAGGAGACAACAGCCCCGCCAGCCGGCUGCAGGCCACGCUGGAGCCAGGAGUGAACCCUAGCUCUCUGAUGAAUCUCUUCACCUAUGAGAAAGGAUUCUGUUUUGUGGCGUAUUUAUCAAACCUGACUGGAGACGUGAGACGAUUUGACCUCUUCCUGAAGGACUUUGUCUCUGAGUUCCGGUUCCAGAGCGUUGGGUCUCAGGACCUCCUCCAGUUCUUCCUGAGGUGCUUCCCUGAUCUGAAGGACGCUGGCGAGAGGGAAGGUCUGGAGUUCCGGCGCUGGCUGAGCGGGUCCGGCCCUCCUCUGGUUGAGCCCGACCUGUCGGCAGCGGACGCCCUGACCCGGCCCGUCCAGGACCUGUGUGACCUGUGGGGGGCCGGCAAGGCCCCGGAGCGGCAGGUCCUGGAGACCUUUGACCUCUCAGCCUGGAGCACCUUCCAGAUCGUCCUGUUCCUGGACCGCAUGCUGGACAUGGCCCCCCUGCCCCAAGAGGUCAUGACCCCCCUGGCCUCCUGCUACUCCUGUGUGUUUGGCGGUCUGAACUCGGAGGUUCAGAUGGCUGGGCCGGACCUGCUGCUGCUGGAUGAGCCCACCAACAUGCUGGAUGUGAGGGCCAUCCUGUGGCUGGAGACGUACCUGCAAACGUGGCAGUCCACCAUCUUGGUCGUCUCCCACGACAGGAACUUCCUGAACGCCGUGGUAACCGACAUCGUGCACCUGCACUCCCAGAGGCUGGACAGUUACCGUGGCGACUACGAGAACUUCAUCAAGACCAAAGAAGACCGCCUGAAGAACCAGCAGCGGGAAUACGAGGCCCAGCUGCAGUACAGACAGCACAUACAGGCUCAGGUGCAGAGCAAACUGAAGCUGCUGGAGAGGCUACCUGAGCUGAAGCCCCUCGAGAAAGAAAUUGAGGUCACUUUAAGGUUCCCAGAUAACUUUGAGAAGUUGUCUCCUCCCAUCCUGCAGCUGGAUGAAGUGGAGUUCUACUACACUCCAGAGCGGCCUCUGUUCUCUGGACUCAACGUGUCCGCUGACCUCGAGUCUCGCAUCUGCAUCGUCGGUGAAAACGGAUCCGGCAAAACGACUGUUCUCAAACUUCUGAUGGGCGAGUUGACGCCGGUGGGAGGAGUCAGACAAUCUCACAGGAACCUGAAGAUCGGGUACUUCAGCCAGCACCAUGUGGACCAGCUGGACCUGAACGUCUGCUCCGUGGAGCUGCUGCUCAACCGUUUCCCCGGGCGGACGGAGGAGGAGUACCGCCACCAGCUGGGCGGCUACGGCAUCACCGGGGAGCUGUCCACCAGGCCGGUGGCCAGCCUAUCAGGAGGCCAGAAGAGCCGCGUGGCCUUCGCCCAGAUGACCAUGCCAUGUCCUAACUUCUACAUCCUAGAUGAGCCGACAAAUCACCUGGACAUGGAGACCAUCGAGGCUCUGGCUAAAGCCCUCAACAAGUUCAGAGGCGGAGUCGUCCUCGUGUCCCACGACGAGCGUCUGAUCCGGCUGGUGUGCCGGGAGCUCUGGGUGUGUGAGCACGGGAAGGUCGGACGCAUCGACGGCGGCUUCGACGAGUACCGAGACAUCCUGCACGAGCAGUUCAGGAAGGAGGGCUACCUGUGAGGCCGCGCCCACCACCUGUGAGGCCACGCCCACCACAUGGCAGCCAAUCGGCCGUCGGGGCAGACCGGAGGACGCUUUCUUCUCUGAACUGUCUCGCCUGCUGCGAGCCGAUUGGUCGUUCCUGCUCAGCUGGUGAGGGGAGGAGUCACCGUGGUGAGGGGAGGAGUCACCACCAUCUGGACUUUAUUUAAAAGUUUAUUGUUGAACGUGUUUUAGUUUUGUAUCUCUAAUCAAUCAAAGUGAUCAGCUUCAUCAGAUCAAUAAAACAUCCCACCAAGCU